AAUUCACGACAGGUGCACAGCACGGAUCCUGCUCGCAAAUCUAUCUGAAAAGGGAAACCAUUGUCUCUAUGUGAGGCUAGAUUGAAAAAAAUACUACUAAUUUUAUUACGACUUUUUAUUUUGUUUAUAUCUUUUAUAACGACAUGGUUUUCCCUGAGCAGAGAAGGCGUGAACUAUUACAGAGGCAGAGGUCACACUAAGCAGCAAGCAGUUUGUAUUAGCAGACGGCUUCAGCAUUAAGUGGUUCAGUCUAGGGCAGCUCAAGUCUCUCCAACCACACCGCUGAGGAGCUUGUGGUGGUUUUCCAAACACCACUACGGGCCACUGCUCCAGUUGUGAAAACGGACAAGGUUUUUGUGAUGAGUAUGGACAGUAUUCUGGAAGGUCUCUCAAAAACUGAGUUCAUCAGCAUUUGUGUCCGAGACCCUAGGCUUGUUAAAGAUGACUUCUGGCAUACACACAUUGACUAUGAGAUCUGUGUACAUACAAACAGCAUGUGUUUUCGAAAGAAAACUUCCUGUGUAAGACGGCGUUACAGUGAGUUUGUCUGGCUGCGCAAUUGUCUGGAGCAGAAUGCCCUGAUCAUAAAAUUACCCAAGUUGCCGCCCUGGAACCCUUUCAUCAGUAUGAGGAACAAGGACCAGGUUUCCCACAGGAUGCAGGGCCUACAGGAGUUCUUAGAAUAUGUUCUUCAUACACCUCUGCUGUUAUCGGACAGUCGACUUCAUCUGUUUCUCCAGUCUGACCUGAACAUGAGGAGGAUGGAGAGGUGUGCUCGUGGUAAAACCAAGUAUACUGUGGCUGAAGCCGUCCAGCGCUCCAGCAGCAUCAGCUACGUCAGCAGGCUAGAGGAGAAGUCGUCCUCCUGUGACUCUGACUGUGAGAGCUCUUCAUCAUCAGGCUUUGGAAUGAGUGUGGACACACCACCACGAGGAAGCCCCCUCUCCUUCUUGGAGUCCUCUGACAGAGACCCGGAACUGUGCAGCUGCCUUUCACAGUCCCAAAUCCCCGUUCAGUGCGUCCUGAAGAACGGCAGCUUUACCUGACCACGUCCUCUGUUCGAACUGUAGUCAGUCAUGUAUCAUCCUGUUUGAUACUCAGUGGAACCCUUGCUUUUCUUAAUCAACUUACAAAGAGAAAAAUGCUUUAUUUUACUUCUGUUAGCAGGGUUAUUCUCAGAAAUGUCUUGUUUUAAUUAUUUGCUUUGGUUUUCUCUGAAAGCAGUGCUGUGGUUAUUUAAUUCAGAGUGCACCACAAAAAUACUCCUAUUUUAAAAAUGUAUAGUAAACUUAAAUUUAUAAUUUAGUUCUUAAAUAUUUACCCUGUAUGCUUUUUUUAUCUGUUUUGGGGCUGUGCUGUGGUUGGUGAAGAAUGUGUUUGAAUGAGAGAUUUUUUAGAAAAAUAUUUGAGAAUACUUCUAUGAUUUGUUAAUGAUGAAUAAAUGGUCCUUUUUUAUAAUGAAAAAAAAAA